AUGAUAAGGAAUGUGGCUGCAUUGUUUCUCGUGAUGGUAGGUUUGGUCGGGGCUCAGCUUGAAGUUGAGUCUGAGAAGAUCAAUGUAGAGCCUCCGCGAAUAUCCAGUUAUAACAUUCAUUUGGUUAACGAUCUACAAGUCCUUGGUAUAACGGUGCACUGCAAGUCAAAGGAUGAUGAUUUGGGAGUUCAUAAUUUGCCUCAUCGGGGAGAUGAUUACCAUUUUAGUUUUAAGAUUAAUGUUUGGCAAUCAACCCUCUUUUGGUGCAGAGUGGAAAAGCAGAAUGCAUACAUCUCUUUCGAAUGCUUUUGGACAGAAAUACACCACAGAUGGCUUCGUAAUAGAUGCCAAGAUGGAGAUGUAGGAACUUGUACCUGGAAGUUUAAAGAUGAUGGAAUUUACUUGAGACACAAUUCAGCUAAUACGGAUGAAUUGGUUCAUACUUGGAUCAAUAUGUGA